AGUUGAAGCUCCUCUCCCUACCGAACAGCUCCGCGCACCGCCCCGCGACACAGCCCGGCGCAACUACUUUCUUCUCUCUCCUUUCUUUCUUCCUCUCCUUUUUCCCCUGCUGGGUAGUGGCUGCGGCGGGGUGGGGGAGACUUUGAAUGACCGAGCUCGCGUCCACCUUUCUCUUCAUGUCGACGUCCCUGGAAACGGCCACACGGAUGCCAUGGUUACUUUUGCCACGAUCUUACAGGUGAACAAGGUGAUGUCCAUCUUGUUUUAUGUGAUACUUCUCGCUUAUCUCCGUGGCAUCCAAGGUAACAACAUGGAUCAAAGGAGUUUGCCAGAAGACUCGCUCAAUUCCCUGAUUAUUAAGCUGAUCCAGGCAGAUAUUUUGAAAAACAAGCUCUCCAAGCAGAUGGUGGACGUUAAGGAAAAUUACCAGAGCACCCUGCCGAAAGCAGAGGCCCCCCGAGAGCCGGCGCGGGGAGAGCCCGCCAAGUCAGAAUUCCAGCCAGUGAUUGCAAUGGAUACCGAACUGCUGCGGCAACAGAGACGCUACAACUCACCGCGGGUCCUGCUGAGCGACAGCACCCCCUUGGAGCCCCCACCCUUGUAUCUCAUGGAGGAUUACGUGGGCAACCCCGUGGUGGCGAACAGAACAUCACGGCGGAAACGGUACGCGGAGCAUAAGAGUCACCGAGGGGAGUACUCGGUAUGUGACAGUGAGAGUCUGUGGGUGACCGACAAGUCAUCGGCCAUCGACAUUCGGGGACACCAGGUGACGGUGCUGGGGGAGAUCAAAACGGGCAACUCUCCCGUCAAACAAUAUUUUUAUGAAACGCGAUGUAAGGAAGCCAGGCCAGUCAAAAACGGUUGCAGGGGCAUUGAUGAUAAACACUGGAACUCUCAGUGCAAAACGUCCCAAACCUACGUGCGAGCACUGACCUCAGAAAACAAUAAACUCGUGGGCUGGCGGUGGAUACGGAUAGACACGUCCUGUGUGUGUGCCUUGUCGAGAAAAAUCGGAAGAACAUGAAUUGGCAUCUCUCCCCAUAUAUAAAUUAUUACUUUAAAUUAUAUGAUAUGCAUGUAGCAUAUAAAUGUUUAUAUUGUUUUUAUAUAUUAUAAGUUGACCUUUAUUUAUUAAACUUCAGCAACCCUACAGUAUAUAAGCUUUUUUCUCAAUAAAAUCAGUGUGCUUGCCUUCCCUCAGGCCUCUCCCAUCUGUUAAAACUUGUUUUGUGAUCUGGCUCCUAGGAGUCACUCUGUAAAAUCUGUGUACACCAGUAUUUUGCAUUCAGUAUUGUCAAGGCCAUGACUGUCGUUUUAGUAAACUUGUUAAAAUCA